GCGCUUCACUCUCGCCUGCUCCAACGUGCCGGUAGCGAGCGCACCCGACAAGAAGCAUUCUCGAUCAGGCCGAAGCUUGUCGGCCCAGCGGCGUCGUCAAGUUCGUGCGGCGGGGCUGUGACGUCGCGUCCGGACAACCCUCGCCCUACAGCGCAUUCCUGGAGAAAGGCGACCCUCAUGCAGGACCGCAGUCGAAGGCUGUCAAGGCCAUUGCCGGUUCUAGCGCUGCUACUGAGCGUGCUCAUGUGCUACUUGAUCGUGAGCGAAUGGGGUUGGAGGUCAGGCACGUCGUAUUCGAAACAAACCACAGAAACCUGGACAGACAGCGUGCCCCCAGAGACGGCAGGGUUCUCCCGAAUCUUCUUCCUCGAAACUGGAGGCCCCGGUUCCCUCACAGCACGCAUCUCCUGCGCGGUUGAAUCGGCGGCGAGGGUGCACCCUCACUGGACAGUCUACAUUCUGGCCGCGGCCAGUGGAUAUGCGUCACAAAGAAACGUCACCUUCGCAGGUCCUUUCGCUCAAGUGCUCAGGUCCAUUCCAAACGUCGUCGUGGACGUCGUCAGGGUGAGUGCUGCCGUCUGUCCAACUCAUGAUUUUGUCUUCGUGGACUGGUCCAAUGCAUCAUCGUGUAUUUUCAACACCACCCGAUGCUAUGGGGCACUGUCAAAAAGCUAUUAUGCUGCUUGA